GAUCGCGAUGGAAAUCCACGAGCAGUUCCCCGAUUCGUCCUUCCUCGUCUUUAACUUCCCGGAGGGCGAGAGGAAGAGCCAGCUGACAGAGAUGUUAUCGCACUACGAUAUGACGGUGAUGGAUUAUCCACGCCGCUACGAGGGCUGCCCGAUUCUUCCCAUGGAGAUGAUCCAUCACUUCCUGCGAUCCAGCGAUAGUUGGCUCUCGCUCGAGGGGCAGCAAAACAUCGUCCUGAUGCACUGCGAGAGGGGGGGAUGGCCGCUGCUGGCGUUCAUUCUCGCCAGCUUUCUCAUCUACAGGAAGAUGUACACGGGCGAAUUCAAGACGCUUGAUAUGCUCCACCGGGAGGCUCCCAAGGGAUUGAUGCAGCUGCUCACUCCGCUCAAUCCGAUGCCAUCGCAGCUGAGAUAUCUCCAGUACGUUGCUAGAAGGAACAACUCUCCGGAGUGGCCACUCCCGGAUCGCUCGCUCAGCCUCGACUGCCUCAUUCUCAAAGUGGUGCCAGCUUUCGAUCCGGACGAGGGGCUGGAUUUAUGGAAGAGAUCCCCGAUUGAAAGCAGGGAACAGGACGACGAGGAUGCUUUUUGCCUUGGGAAAGGUGUCCGGCAUUAUCGACCGACAGAUUGUGAUGUGAUGAAGAUCGAUGUACAGUGUGCCGUGCAAGAGCAAAUCCAACUCAAUGAAAUCUACCAAGAAAAACUAGUGAAUUCAACUCAAUGAAAUCUAGCAAGAACUACCUA